ACAAAGAAGAAGAAGAAGAAGAACCAGGACAAGUUGACAGAAACCUGCUCAUGGAGACAGACAGUUUGCUUGAACAUGCGAACUCUGAGUUUAAAAAGAAGAGUUUCAAACAAGCAGAGGAGCUGUAUACUCACUUUAUCUCCUCGUGUUUACAGUGCAGAAACUGUGAAGCUGGUGACUUGGCCACUGCCUAUAACAAUCGCGGACAGAUAAAGUACUUCCGGGUGGAUUUUCAUGAAGCAGUAGAGGAUUAUACUUCAGCAAUACAAGCCAACAGUCACUUUGAAAUACCGUUCUACAACAGAGGACUCAUACAUUAUAGACUGGGCUUUUUCGAUGACGCCAAGAUGGACUUCCAGCAAGCAUUAAAGCUCAAUCCAGAGUUUGAAGAUGCCAAAGAGAGUCUGCAACAGACACUUCUGGACCAGCAGCAGAAGACAGACAGGGGACACUGACAAUCUCAUGAACUCCGAAGCACAAGUGAAAAGAUGUCAUUAUUGAAUGUGAAGAUAUUCUAUUAUGUGUUAAACAAAUUUUUAUGAAGCACAAUUAGCCUAAUGCUUGCUCAUUGUGUGAACUGUUGGGGUUCUCUGCUCUCCUUGAUGUUGUCUAUGUACAGUGCCUUGAGAUAAUGUAUGUUAUGAUUUGGCGCUAUACAAAUAAAAUUGAAUUGAAUUGAA